CAAUGGUAAUACCAGCACACAUGGGUUAAGCAUGCAGGUUAAGUUAUUUUUUGCAGUUAGCCACACCCCAAACAAUUCAUGAUUUCAAAACACAGAUCAUAUAGUUUAUUUCAAUUAUAAUAUACAUUUAUUUGCUUUAGCCAUACACUGUUUAAAUGGAGUGCACACAUUUUCACAUUGUAGGGUUAUGUAAACAUUUUCUGUUCUAUUAAUUAUUGUUUCUUUGUUACCAUGUUGGAGAGAGAUCUGUCCUGGGGGAAGAAAGGCGUGGCCAAGGGUGGAGGACUGUGAUAUCCUGUGGCCUGCCAAUUAAGACAUACCAUGUGCUGGCAUGUCGGAGGGGGGUUUUGGGUUUAGUUUGUGUUACUUUGUACUUGUGGUAUUUGUCGUCCAUUUUGUUUCCCCUUAUGUGUAAAUUGGUUUGGCCAAGCCACUAUAUAUGUUCCCUUGUGUCUCAUUUAGGGAGGUCAGUUUGUUUAGUUCAUAUCUUGUUUUGUUGUAUGCUGUUUUGAGUAUACUUAUAUUUUGUUGACCUCUUUUAUAGGCCUGGUUGCUAACUUUUUGGUUUCUAUUGUUUAAUAUUUUUUGGGUAAAUAAAACAAAACCCUCUUUUUCAACAAAAACUCCUGUUUUCCUCAUUGCCGGACUGUUUGGUCCGUGACAAUUGGUGGCAGCGGUUGGAUUAUCCCGUUGAGGAAACAGGAUUUUUUUUUUUUUUCUGCUCUUCCCUUUUCCAGUUUUUUUUAUUCUUUGGUUGGUGAUCCCUCCAACACUGAAGAAAGAUGAUAAAGGGAAAAGGUGGAAAAAGACUUGGUGUGUCUACAGUGGCCCUGGAGAAGCAAGCCAGUGAAGAGGAAGAAGGUGGAGCCUCAGGAGGGGCUGAGGACACAGAGGGUAAGGAGCCAACUCUCUCUGACUUGAUGGCCAUUUUUCAGGCGCACAUGGGGCAGCAGGAGGCUCGAGAGGCAAAGCAGAAUGAGGCAACUGUGAGACAAGAACAACGUUUUAAAGCUCUUCAACACCAGUUUCAGCUUUUGCAGUUAGAAGUUCAGGCCCGUACAUCUGUGGUGCCAAAUCCACUUUCGGACGACUCUGAUCCUCCAGAUAGGGAGGUUCAAUCAUCCACUAUGCACCCUCUGCCAGACCAAGCUGAGCCCAUGAUGACCACUCAAACAGGGGCCUCGGUAGGUCAGUCUUGCUCACAACAUAAGCCCAGGUUGGAAAAAUUAACUGAUAAUGAUGACAUUGAACAUUUCCUCAUUACAUUUGAACGCAUUGCUGUAGCAUGCAGGUGGCAGAAAGCUGAUUGGAUUUUUCAGUUAAUUCCAUUACUAACUGGCAAAGCUAGAAGUGCAUAUGUUCAUAUGGACAGUGAUGACUCCCUUGACUAUGAUCAGGUAAAAUCAGCCAUUCUUGCUAAAUAUGACAUUAACCCUGAGGCCUACAGGCAAAGAUUCCGCUCCACAGAGGUGAACUCUGAUGAGAGCCCCAAGGAGUUGUAUGCAAGGCUCAAGGAGCUUUAUGGAAAGUGGGUCCAGCCUAAGGGUCUGGGUCCGAGAGCACGACCCAAAUUCAGCCAUGGAGGCUGCUAGACUGGCUGAGGUUUUUGUGGCUGCCCGAAAGAAGGGACAACCAUGGAGUUAUAACUCAUGGAGAACUGCGAAGGAUAAUCGCAAACCAACACACGAUCCAGGCACCGGGGUGGGUAAAUUCCCCAUGAUGGAAAGCCAACCAGCUAACAGACCAGUAAAAUCCUUAGGGAGGAAGCCAAUCUGUUAUCUUUGUGGAGUAGAAGGCCAUACGAAACCUAUGUGCCCUAAAAACUCAGUUAACAUGACUCAGAUGUGCUUUGUACCACGAACUCAGGAGGAACCUGAGCUCAAGAAGGUCCAGUCUAUUAAAAUGAAAA